AAUGGCGCUGGCGGGUGCAGUUGCGGUUGGUGGUGUGGCUGUUGGGCGGUACUGGGCGGUACUGGGCGGUGCUGGGCGUACUCAGGGCGUAAUCCGGGCGUACUCAGGGCGGCAAACAGUGCGUUGCGGCGGCGAAAGAGUGCAAAAAGAUUACUGCGCUAAGAGGAGCGAAGAAGAGUGUUAUGCUCAACUUGGAUGAGCAUGAACAUGACGAAGCCCACCUGCGAGAUCAAGAUCAAGAUCAAGACCCGGGCCAAGACAACGUCACACACGCACAAGGUUCCACUCGCAAUAUAAACACAAGUACACUGCCUCGUCUACGGAACAAGUCCGCCCUUUAUGCUCCUCUUACGGAUCCUAACACAGGAAUUCCUAUCGUAUAUGCUACACCUAAAGCGUAGCCAAGACACUCGUUGACUACUCCAUAUAUAUGGAGAAGUCAGACCGACAGGACAAGACAAGAACAACAAGCCCCCGAAUAUUCCUUGACUCAGAACCUGUUUCCCAAUAUA